AUGGAUGAGUUUUUAGAGGACAAAUCUUCGAUGAUGGAAUUUCGAGGAUGCUGGCAAGACGGACAAGCAGGUGUUUCCUGGCUUACCGGAACCCAUAUUGCUGACUGGGUCCACAAAGGUGCCGAAGCCAACAGAGACCCGGAUACUCAAGAACGAAAAUUCUUCGACUUUGAAAACCAGCUCACAGAAGCAGCUGAUAAAAUAGACAAAAUGUUCUGGUUUGGUAUUUUGGAAGACUACGAAAGGUCUUUAGAACUCCUCGCGUAUCAACUGGACAAACCAUUGAAAAAUUUCAAGCGUCUGCAACAAAAGAUUGGCCGCCAGAAUUUGCAUAAACUAGAACCGAGCUUGCCAUCAGAAGAAUCAACAGAGUUUCUCAAAAACUUGAUGCCACAAGACAUCUGGCUCUACGAAUACGCAAAGACCGUCUUUCAAGCGCGAUGGAAUUAUUACAAAACAAGAAUUUAUCAACAUCCGAAGCGACCUGCUUUUCCGAAAAUCCCCUGUCAGUCGACGAGAUUCAUCUUGAAAUGCUCUGGUACUGAUAAUGACUUCAUCUUCAAAUGGGAUGAGAAGAUGCCCGAAGAACAUGCUAAAAACUUCAAUGAUUUACUGCAAUAA